AUGGCUUCUGUGAAUACACCAUCAGAAACACCAUAUUCGCAAGAACAAGCAUCAACUCCUGAUGCAUCAAUCGAAACCCAAAAAAACAAUAAUAGAGCAAAAACCGAUCCUGCAUGGGGUCAUUGUAAACAAGUUGUGGAGUCUGGAAAAACAAUUCUGCUAUGCAUAUAUUGUGAGAAGCUUAUUAGGGGUGGAGGAAUUCAUCGGUUUACACUUUAUUUGGCUGGAAAAGGAGGAGAUAUUGAGUCUUGUCGAAAGGUGCCAGCUGCAGUGAGACACCAAUUCCAUGAAAGUAUUGAAGAGCUUCGAAGCAAGAAAAGAAAAACUCAAGAACAAUAUGUCGAAAGUUAUAAUGCUUGUGAUGAUGUUGAAAGAGAAUUUGACGAGAUCGAACGUAAUGAGAUGCAACAACAACAAAAAUCCAGGGUUCCAACACCUAUCUCUAGAAAAGGAAAACAAGUCAAAGGUUUACAAUCCUAUUUUCCAUCGGCAACAACACCCGGAGCUCAACCAACUAUCAAAAGCGUUCUUCAAAGCAAAGAAAUUGUGGAGAAGUGUGAUAUUGCUAUUGCGAAAUGGAUGGUGGAUGCCUCUGUUCCAUUUAAUGCGGUUAAUUCAGCUUACUAUCAGCCAAUGAUUGAUGCUAUUGCAAGCAUGGGUGCAUGGUAUAAAGGGCCAAGUUAUCCAAGAGUCUGUGGGUAUUUGUUGAGUAAAUUAGUUGAGGAUGUGAGGAAGAUGAUUGAUGGUUAUCUUUAUUGUCCUAAAGGAACUAUUUUUCUAAAGUUAGUUGAUGCUUCUAAUAUCUCAAAAACUGUUGAAAAUUUGUUUAAGUCGUUUAGGGAUGUUGUAUUGUUUGUUGGUCCUGAGAAUGUUGUGCAUAUUGUAACGGACAAUGCUGCAAACUAUGUUGCUGCGGGAUGA